AUGAUGGAAGGAAGGAUAACCUUGCGACAAACAGAAGAUAUGCUCUCGGACUUGCCAGAUGCGUUCUGGCAAUUAUUUAGAAGAAUAAAGACGAUUAUUGUUUUAGAAAAUGAUGUUCAUGGAUGUUUGGAGAGAAUGCGUAACAGGAAUAAUGGAAUUGAUUUGAUGACGAUCGAUUACGUUAUUGCACAGAAUCAAGUGUUCCAGCUGUUGGCUAAAUUUAUUAAUGCAAAAGUGAUUGUACAUAAAAAGGGAGAAAAUAUGGAUUGUUGGAUGAGACGACUUCAUCAAGAGACGAUGUCAUUAUGGUGUGAGGGAGUUCUUGAAGGGGAGGAUGAUCUGUAG